GGGCGUUUGCAGCAGAUCUCUACAAGUAGUAAUAGUAUCUGGGUUUGGGAAGAAACAAAUCCUUGAGGAAAUAAUCCUUUCAGAAAAAUAGCGCACUAUUGUUUCUCUGCUUGUAGUCACUCUCACUCAGGCAACAUGCCAUCCUUCCCCGUGUCUUGCGCGGUAACGUUGGCUAUGUGCGUUAUUGCGCUCUCCGAGGCUGGUAGAUCUACAGCAGGAGGUGUAGAUAGUGACAGAGCUGCUGAAAUUUCAGAUAAUCAAAUAUUUGUGUGGCCACUGCCGCAGAAAACCAGUGCUUCGGGCCCAGCAGUGCCGCUAUCUCCUGCGUUCAAAAUUCGGACUACCAGCACGUCAAAGCGUCUGCAGCAAGCCAUAGAACGUUACACAAAAUGGAUCGUUACAUUCCCAGCUCAGCGGGAUGCUUUUGCACCAGAAGAACCAGCUGCUGUGGCUUCUCUGCAAAUCACUGUCGACUCGGGCACCGAAAAUCUUACAUCGUCCACGUCCUACGCGUAUAAUCUGAGCGUGUCGAUAGCUUCAAGUAUUGCUGAGCUGCAGUCAGAUACAGUCUACGGUGCAAUGUAUGGUCUGGAGACCUUCUCCCAGCUUGUUGUCAAUGGGUCCCUGGUGGCAUCAACCAUAGCAAUAAGUGAUGCUCCUGUGUACGGACACAGGGGUCUCAUGAUAGACACAGGCCGGAGAUUCUUCCCGCCAGCACUUGUCAUGUCCCUGUUGGACAGCAUGAGUUACAUGAAGAUGAACGUGCUUCAUUUUCAUUUGUCGGAUCUUUGUCGUUUCUCCGUGGAAAGCGUGCUAUACCCACAGUUGACUGCAACGUCCAACGGGUUCUAUAAACAGGAGGAGAUUGUAGAGCUUGUGGCGUACGCUAAGGAUCGCGGCAUUCGCGUCAUUCCUGAGUUUGAUGUGCCUGGCCACAGUCACGGGUUUGUGCCCCUGGCUGCAAGCGGUGACGUGGUGUUCUGCAGUGAUACCCGGAAGCAGCUGUGCAACGACGAGAAGAACCGCACCAUCAGCACACUCAAACAUCUCUUCACGGAAAUGGCCACGCUGUUUGAGGAUGAGCUCUUCCACAUAGGCUGUGACGAGACUGGAACAACAGCAACGUGUCCACUGUCGGGCACCACUGCACUGGAACAGGAGCUUCUCAACUUCUUGCCUACUAUCGGCCGAACAGCGGUCGGCUGGGAGGAGGUUUUGUUUGGAUCCAAGGCUGCCACCCCGAAGACCAUCAUCGACACCUGGUCACGUCAUGAUGCUAGUGAAACAACGCCUCAAGGCUUCUUCACCAUUGAAAGCAGCGGGUCACACUUCUAUGUCAAUCACGCCACGCUACCCUACACGAACCUGUGGACCGACAUCAGUGCUAAGGUGACCGAGAGCAACCUUCACUUGCUGCUGGGCGGUGAGUUCUCCAUGUGGUCUGAUAACUACUGCUACAUAACACAGUGUUAUAUCAACUCUUCCAAACCGGUGGCAUCGUGGAUGUAUGACCGCAGGCAGGACAGUGCAUUCGCAGCCUCUGUCACCGCCAUGAUAUGGCCGCGGGGCAUAGUGGCAGCCGGGUCGUUCUGGAACUACCAGUCGGCCAUGGACCCGAAGUCGGUGCAGUUUACGAACGCGUAUGCGGCGGCUAACCAGCACUUGCUCUCUCGCGACAUUGCUAGCUGCCCGUCGAAGUGUACGUGUAAUGAGCUCACUCAGUGUGACAAACCCUACCCUCAUUCCUAGAAGCUGUCUUGCACAGCUUUCCAUGCACCAGGAAGACUCCGAGUGUCAACAACACGCGAUGGACUACAAUGUGAUCGAUUGACACCUACUAGAGUCUGGAAGUAUUCAUGUAAGAUGUUCUCUGUGAUCCAAAUACAUUGUACAAAACACCAAGCGCAUGCUCUUCCCCUUGCCAGCCUGUUCUUACCUUUGUUCUUUGUGAGGCUGGCUCGCUGUCACCGAUGCCAUGAUUUAUAAUCUAUGUCUGCUGGUUUGUCUUUCUCCAAUGAAACCUUCACCAAUCAUCAGUGCACCCUAGACUUGUUUACUGUCUGGUGCAUCAGGAUAACGAUCUGCUUUGUUAUAAGAUUAGCCUAGGAUGUGCCUCAAUUUAGGGAGUGUGAAAAAAAUGUAGAGUCCUCUUUCUUUUCUUUUGUGAAACUUCUAAUCGAAAUAGAACACAAUGUCGCUUUAUCAAAGUAUUUUAUAGAGAAGACUAUUUACAAUUUCUAUCAAGUUUGCAAAACACAUUUCCGAAAUCUUC